AUGAGGGAUUGGGGCGGAGCCGCACUCAGCGAGACCCAGCUCCACCGGAACGACCCCCGCGGAGCCGCCAUCGUCCACCAGAACUACAUUGGUACGGAUGCAGAGAAGAAUCCCUUCUACCUGUCUGUGGUUCUGUCCGACCAGAACAACCAGCGGGUCCCUCAGUACAGAGCCAUCCUCUGGAGGAAGACAGGAACUCUGAAGAUCAGUCUGCCAUACAGCCCCACCAAAACACUAUCAGUCAAAUCCAUCUUAAGUGCGAUGAACUUGGACAGGUUUGAGAAAGGCCCGAGGGAGAUUCUCAACCCAGAGAUACAGAAGGACCUACUGGUGUUGGAGGAGCAAGAGGGUUCUGUCAACUUCAAAUUCGGUGUCCUGUAUGCCAAAGAUGGACAGCUCACAGACGACGAGAUGUUUAGCAACGAGACUGGGAGCCAGAGCUUCGAUAAGUUCCUCAACCUCCUGGGUGACACCAUCUCCCUGCAGGGCUGGGCAGGCUACCGUGGUGGGCUGGAUACCAAGAAUGACACUACAGGAAUGAACUCCAUCUACACAGUGUACCAGGGCCAUGAGCUGAUGUUCCACGUCUCCACCAUGCUACCCUACUCCAAGGAGAACAAGCAGCAGGUAGAGAGGAAAAGACACAUGGGAAAUGACAUUGUCACCAUAGUGUUCCAGGAGGGAGAACGCAUCUCCUUCAUUUAAACCCUCCAUGAUCCGAUCCCAUUUCACACAUAUUUUUGCAUUAGUUAGAUACAACAGUCAGAAUGACAGUUACAGGUUGAAGAUUUUCUCUGAGGAAAGUGUGCCACUGUUCGGACCUCCCCUCCCCUCACCACCUGUGUUUACAGACCACCAAGAAUUCAGGGACUUUUUGUUAGUCAAACUAAUCAAUGGAGAGAAGGCCACCCUGGAGACGCCCACGUUUGCCCAGAAGCGCCAGCG